AUGGCAGUGCAAAAGCAGCCCAAGGUGAUCCUGUUUGACAUUGGCGGCGUCUGUGUCCUGUCGCCCUUCCAGACCAUCCUGGACUACGAGAUUGGCCUCGGCAUCCCGCCGGGGUGGGUCAACCACUCCAUCUCCAAGACGGCCCCCGACGGCUUCUGGCACAAGCUCGAGCGCGGCAGCAUUCCCAUGGACGCCGGCUUCUUUGCGGGCUUCAACCGCGACCUGCGCGACCCGGGCCGUUGGAAGGCCUUUUACGAGAACGCCCGCCAAAAGUCGCUGGGCACGUCCAAGGAGUGGCCCGCCGAGGUGCCGCCUGUGCCUGACAUCGACGGCGAGCGCAUGUUCAAUGACAUGAUGAAGGCCUCCGACGCCCCCGACCCGUGGAUGUUUCCGGCGCUGCGCGCGCUGCGCGCGAGCGAAAAGUACGUGCUCGCGGCGCUCAGCAACACAGUCAUCUUCCCGCCGGGGCACGAGCUGUACAGCGACAACUACUUGUCACAUCCGAUCCGGGGACUCUUUGACGUGUUCAUUUCCUCGGCGCAUGUUGGGCUGCGCAAGCCGGAGCACGCCAUGUACCAGCUGGCAGUGCGGGAGACGGACAAGUACGCACGGUCGUACGCAGACACACCACGCGGCGAGGCCAAUGGCUGGAAGGACGGCGUGACCGCGGGGGAUAUUCUGUUCCUGGACGACAUUGGCGAGAACCUCAAAUUUGGCAAGAAGCAGGGCUUCCGCACGAUCAAGGUCAACUUGGGCCGUGCAUAUGAGGCCGUCGACGAGCUCGAGGCCAUUACGGGCUUGCGGCUGCACGGCAACCACCCCCGGCCUGGCUCUAAAGCACGGCUAUAA